CCGAAUUACAAUUGAAAUUCAAUCCUAAUCCCGAUCCCAAAUAAUAAUAAGUGUAUUCGGUAAUACCAAAUAUAGACAAAUUCGAUAGGGUAUUCGGUAUAUCCCAAGUACCGGUACCAAACUCCCAGCCCUACUCUUGAGGCUCAACAUACGUGGAAUUUAGUACCUUGCCGGCCUGAAAUGCCAGUGAUCGGCAACAAAUGGGUUUAUGCUCUCAAAGAAAAUCUGGAUGGAUCGAUUGAACACUUAAAGCAAGGGUUGUUGCUCAUGGUUUUAAACAACAAUAUGGUCUGGAUUGUGAUGAAACAUUUGCUCCAUUUGCCAAAAUGCAGACGAUCCGUAGUUUGCUUGCUAUUGCAGCCAUGAAGGGGUGGCGCCUACUCCUUCUAGAAGCGUAAAAGUGUAAAGCAUUUUGGUGAACUAGAAGCGUAAAAUCGUAAGUUUAUAAGUCUUAAAGCGCAAUUCAGUCAGAUUUUACACAUUAUAGAUUUUAUAUGCAACGAAAGCGUUUUGGUGACCUAGAAGCAUAAAAUCGUAAGUUUUUAAGUUUUAAAACGCGAUUUUGACUGCAUUGGUUGUGGUUCACACAUUUAGGUGUCUACUGCACUUGCAGAUUGUAUGUCUAUUUGAACAUACUUGCAAAAGAUAUAAAGUUGCAUAGUUAAGUGUAGGUGUUGGUAUAAUUGUACAAGUUAGGUUGGUUUUCGAACUGAUUGAGAGUAGUAGUAUACUUGAUCGUAUUUAAUUAAAUAAAGCAUGCUCAAUUGCUUAUCCAUAACAAAAAAAUGUUGCUGUGACAUGAAAAUAUCAAACACUAUAUGUGCAUUCUUAAAUCAUUCAUAACAGAAGAAUGUUGCUUGGUGAAUAAUCCCAAAUAGGUACAUCUUUAAGCAAUUAGAUAUAUAAACUUUUUUUUGGUAUAUGGAUGCAGAAGCAUCCUAGAUUUCAUUCAAAACCAAGCGAGGUUCAGAGAGCCCCUGAGAGUCAUACAUGAGAAAGUUAUACUGAAGGGAAACUGAAUGUGACAUGUCAUGUACACCCGACGGCAAAGAAUGCCCAUGGUUAGCUAAGUAAUCAGCACAUUUGUUGGCUUCACGAUAGAUAUGGGAGGUUUUGACUUCCCACCCUUGGCGCAUAAGCUCCUGAUAACGGGCCACAACAGCAGUAUGAUGGUGGGUGUCCGUGCUCCUGCUCUCAAGCAACUGGAUAACACAUCUCGAGUCCAGCUCAACACGAACACGACGAUAUCCAAGGUUCCAAGCCAACUGAAGACCUUCUACAGCUCCUCUCAACUCGGCCUAGGUAAUGGAGCAAUAACCCAAGUUGCAGCGAACGCCGCCAGGCAGAGCACAUUGUGAUCUCGAAUCAAGCCACCAGAAACAA